GCAGCAAAUUCGUUCUUCAUUUGUUUAAUAUCAGAAUCCAUUUCUUCACUAUUCAAUAUUUAAGGGACCAUUGCAACAGUUCCAAGAUAUCCGAACCAAGGCUUCAAGAGAAAUUAUCAAGUAAAUCUUUGCUGUGUCCCGUCACUUUUUAUACCCACUGAUAGCAUCACAAUUUGCAAUCCGCAUCCAUCUUGGUUAAAUUCUGCUAUUGCAUUGCAUGUAGUCAAUUAGAUAAUGUGCCAGGUAAGCACACAUGACAAAUAAAAUCUCUGUGCCGCAUGUACCACAGCCCCUGCACUAAAUUCAGAAGGAGUACAAGAUGAACCUCUACAUCUUUGAUCACUCUCCUCGCAUUUCUCUUCCCCUUCCCUACAACCAAACCCCACAGCAUUCAAUCCCAAAAAACCAUGACACCCCCCGCCUCAUCCCCCGCCAAACACGAAUGGCUGGUCGUUCUCCCCGACCACCCAGGCGUGCUUGAAAAGCGUCUCGAAGCCCGUCCCAAGCAUCUCGCCGGCGUAAAGCCGCUCGCUGAAGCCGGAGCCAUACUUUUCGGAGGCGCGUUCUUUGAUGAUCUACCGCCAGAUGGCGAGGCGCCCCGAGUAAAAGGAACAGUGCUUCUAACCUAUGCGGAGAGCAAGGAAAAGGUCUUGGAGCAACUUCGUCAGGAUGAAUAUACCAAGAGUGGUGUGUGGGACUGGGAUAAAGUGCAGGUUUAUGGGUUCAAAACUGCUUUGAGAUAGGGUUUGGAAGGUGGGAUAUAGAGUUAAGAACGUGGUACUGCUACCAUGGUAGAUGGUUUCCAAAAUAUGCGAUGAAGCGAAUGAAGUCAGUCUGUGUAUUGGA